UUAGUGCUGCACUGACCGACUGAUCUUUCCUUACGUUCGCUCAGUCGGCACAUUAGCACAGAGGAGGUGUCAUUCACAUACACUUCUCACUUUCCUUUGGUACAUAAUGGCAAGUCACACAAUUGGGUUAUUCUUAUUUUGUGUUUCGGUGGCGUUCUCCUAUGUUUCCACGUCUCCCCAAGUCUGCAGCAACUCCCUCAUACCUGGAGCUAAAGGAGACCAAGGUGAGAUUGGAUACGAAGGAGAUGAGGGCAGAAUGGGGAAGAACGGACCACCAGGACAUCCAGGAGCAUUAGGAGAGGUGGGAUCGAAGGGCGACGUUGGUCACAUAGGAAAGAUGGGGCCCAUUGGAGCCCAAGGAGACAAAGGAAACGCAGGCUUGGAUGGACCCUUGGGUUUGAAGGGGAAAACAGGCACUACUUGUGACUGUGGAAGGUACAGGAAGGUGAUUGGGCAGAUGGAUGUCAAUUUGGGCAAGCUGAGGAACACAGUGAAGUUUGUCAAGAAGAUCAUGUUGGGCCUGACAGAAAGUGACGAGCACUACUACCUGCUGGUGAAGGAGGCCAAAAGAUUCAAGGAGGCCUCGAUGAACUGCGAGCUGAGAGGCGGCAUCCUGGCCAUGCCGACUAAUAUUGAUAGUAACCGCCUCAUAGCUGAUUAUGUCAGUCAGUCUGGACUCACGAGGGUUUACAUCGGAGUGCAGGCUAAAAACACAGACACGCUUACACAUGAGGGAAGAAACAGCUCCCGGGACGCAGAUUCCAAACCACUCAAGGACUUUCCUGCAUGGAGUCAAGAUGAGGAGCUCACUUCUUCCAGCCACAAUGCGAGUUGUGUGGAGCUGCUCAGCACAGGGACAUGGAGUCAUGUGGAGUGUGACAUGGCCAUGUUUUUCAUCUGUGAGUUUCCAAAAAGCAGGAUAAGAGGAUGAGGAGGAGGAAGAAGUGCGACCUACUCUGCAUCUUGAGUCAUUGAACAGACCUUUCUUGCAAGUACAGUUCAGUAAAUGAUACAUUACACUUAAAACGUGUCAGUUUUUUUGUGGCAUUUCAGAACAUGUUAGAUUUAACUUGGUUUUACGAUGCAAGUUGGUGCACAAUGGGAAUAUCCAGUCUGUAUUUUCUUCUUUUUACAGACAAUUCAAAGACUUUUGACCUUGUGGACAAUUCAUGUACUUCAUACUGUAGCUGGUCGAUCUUGUUGUGGAAGUACGUCUCCGAAUAGCAAGAAAAUGACCACAGCUUUAGCCAAUUUGAAUGUGUGUGUCUUGGCUUAAAGAAUGACAAAAAUGCUCAAGUUCUCUGGUGUGGAGUUUGCAUGCUCUCGUGAUACUUGCAUAGGUUUUGUCUGGUGGUUAUCCAACUUCCUCACACUUUCCAAAAACACAGAAAUUGACUGGCAACCAGUCCAAGGGUGUAUCCCGCCUUUUGUCCAAAGACCACUCAUCAGCUCCAGGUUACAUUCUCAAUCCUAAGGAGGACACGCAUUGUAGAAAAUGGAUGGAUGAUUAAAUUACAUUCAUGUCUGACUCUCUUACAAGUGGCAUCUGACAAGGUGGAACAUCUCUCUGUGACUUCCCAAGGUCAUGUAUCGUAUGUUGCUGUAUGUGAAUUCAAGACUAAAGUGCCCAUAGGUGUUAAUGGGCCUCAUUCACUAAAAGAGUGAAAU